UGCCGCCCCCCAAGGGGGAGCGCCCUUCCGCAAGAGAAGAGGGCGUUCUGCUGGCGGCGGUGGUGGACUGCUGAAUUCAUAUAAGGAGAACACACAGGUUUCUAGGAAGUGUGGAAUUUACAGGACAGCUGAGCUCAUAAUAAUCGGGGGAAUUUUUCUCAGAUUUUUGUCCUUGAGCUGCUUAACUUAUCCCUAACUCAAGAUGCAUCCAGACUUGUCUCCUCAUCUGCACACUGAAGAAUGUAACCUAGUUAUCAGUCUGCUCAAGAAGUGUCACAAAGAGCACAACAUUUUGAAAUUUUUUGGCCAUUGCAAUGACAUUGACCGUGAGAUGCGGAAGUGUUUAAAGAAAGAGUAUGAAGAAAACAGGGCCAAGAACCAGGCACAUACUGCAGAGAUGCGACGGAGGCUAAUUAACGCUCAGAAAAACUCUGAGAAGUGAGCUGUACUGUAGUUGGGUAGCUGCAUAUCAAUAUGGGCACUCAGUUGAAAGUUGACAAUAUUUCUUUCAGAUCACCAUUGUUCGACUUGUGAAGUGAUGGCAAAAUAAGAAUACCUAAAACAUACUCAUUCCCAGAAAGGCAAACUAAA